AUGACGAAGAGAACACCCGACAGCGCAAGUACGAUGGGGCACGGGGAGAUACCCCCCCUGCCGCCGGCACGGUGGGAACAACUGGGGCAACGCUAUGGCAAUGCACCAAGCUUGUCCUUGGGAACGAGCAAAGACAUCCAGGUAGGAGACAGUGUGGUCAUUGUAAAGGAUGAUGCGGACGUUGACUGGUCCAACUGUCCAGAGAUCAGUGCGUCCUCCAGGAGACUCUUGUUCUCCCCUCCCUGGACCCUGACGGUGCAUCGGCUUCAAGGAGACUUCUUUUACCCCACGAAUUUCCCGGAGAGUUUCGCACCGCUCGCCGCGCUGGGUCAGGUGCACCUCAUGGGAAAGCCACAUCGUCUGCUUCCGCCCGCGAGCGCGACGACCUCCAGGAGUUCGACUGCCGCGCCCGCAAGUCCCGCGGAGAGUUCUGCAGAGAGACCAGAGGUGACGGGUGGGUAUGAUGAGGACUGGGCAUUAGAUCCAGCAGAGGUGGACAAGUUGAAGUGCCCCAUUUGCAUGUUGGUGGCACGGAAUGCCAUGGCACAUGAUUGUGGAUCGGUGCUCUUCUGUGAAAUGUGCUGGGUCAAAUGCUUGGCGGAGGACAGCAAGUGUCCGGUUUGUCGCAAGGAUGGUUCCAGCAUCGCGCCAGCACACUUCGAGCGAAGAGCCAUCCUGAACCUCAUGGUGAAGUGCCCCAACAACUGUGGUGAGAGCUUCAACUUGUGUGACAAGGAGAAGCACCUGAAGGACUGCUCCGCCAGGUUCACGCUUUGCCCGCUUUGCCAAGAACAGGUCCCCACGAAUGAGUUGGAAGCGCACUAUGCCAGCAAUCCGGGGAAGCACAUCAUGCAGAUCAUGACACUGCUGGAUGAAGUCACGCAGUUGCGAGAAGAAGUGAAGCAGCUGAAGGAACAGCAACGCUUCAUGCGAGCGGCGCGCAGCCUGCGAGCGCAGCACGUUCAAGGAGAGGUGCCCCAAGAGAUUCUUGUGCAACUCAGUGGUGAAUCAAGCUCUAGCAAUCAACUGCGUGGCAUCUAUGGGAACCAUGGCGAGCACAAUGACAAGGUCAUGUACAGGAAGGUGGAUAGCACUGCGAGCAUUUAUUUCGAUGGCCAAUGGAAGAUAGGUUUGCAUGGUGUCGAUGACUGGGUGUAUUGCCAUCCAGAUGACUCACUGCCACACCCACCUUUGGGUGAAUGGACAAGUGUAGAGGGAUCCACGGAUCCCGUUCCCACCAUCUGCAGUGUUCCACAGGUGUUGCAAGUCGCAAAUGCCAGCGGAAGCAUGAAUGGCCGCUAUGCUCGAGCUGAAGACUUCAAUGGUAAGCCGAAGUUUCGACAGGUGGGUGCCUCUGGAACCCUGCAGUUCGAUGAUGGCUGGAAGAUUCGGCGAGAAGAGUUUUCGGAAGAUUCGACCUCAUACUACCAUCCGGAUCAUGCCGCCCUACCUCCUAUGGGCGACUGGAGGACUCUGAUUGGAGGAGACUUCCCCAGCGUGUCACCUGUUCAUGUUCCCAUCUCGACGGCGUCAAGGUUCCUUUGGAUUCAAGGUGCGGGUGGCAGCGGCGAGCUGACGAACGGUUGUUAUGUGCACAUCGGCUCCAGCAACGACAAGCCCAAAUAUUGGCAGAUGGAUGGUGCUGGGAUCAUUUACUUCGCAGGUCGUUGGAAGAUCAACCACCGAGAUAGUGAAAUGGGCUGGUACUAUCAGCACCCAGAUAGCUCUGCAAGUCAGCCGCCCCUUGACGGGUGGAGCACUGAGGGCUAUUCGGGCGAUGCUGAGCCUCCUCCGUCGCUUCAUUCACAGCACAGGUAUUCCGUUGAAGGAUUCCAGCUAGCACACCCGCCCUUUCUGGUGGUGAAAGAUGCGGGGCAUGCACCAGUGAAUGGCCGCUUUGCACAGGUGGGCCUUCAUGAAGGCAAACCCAAAUAUCAGCAGGUCGAUGGCAAUUCGAUCCUUUUUUUUGAAUCAGGCCUAUGGAGGUUGAAUGAUGAAGACACCACCGGACAGAGGAAUUAUGAUGCCGUGGAGGGAGAUUUCCCUAUGCCUCCCAGCCAAUGGGAACAUCACAUCAUUUUUGGCACUCCACCCAGCCUCUCGUGGGGCACCAGUCGAGAUGUGCAAGAAGGAGACACUGUGAUUUUUGCUCAGGAUGAUGAAGAUGCUGACUGGUCGAACUGUCCAGAAGAGAGUGCGUCAGGAAGGAGGUUGCACUUUUCUCCAUCCAUGAGGGUGACAGUGCAUCGCCUCCAUGGUUCUUGGUUUUACCCCACAAAUCAUCGAGAGAAGGUGGCUCCUCUAGCAGCCGUGGGCCGCGUGCUGUUGCUCGGUAAGGCUCAUCGCAUGAUGCAUGGAACGGGGGAGACCCCAAAUCUCUCGAGUGCAAGUCCUUCAAGCAUUCGAGAAAUUCCGCAAGAAGUCCUGGUGCAACUGGCUGUGCCGAGCCCCGCCCCAGACGCCCAUCGACUGCAUGGUACCUAUAGGCACCAUGGGGAGCACAAUGGCAAAGUCAUGUACCAAAAGGUGGACGGUGAUGCUACCAUCUACUUUGAUGAGCGCUGGAAGAUUGGUGUCCGCGGUGUCGAUGACUGGGUGUAUUGCCAUCCAGAUGACUCACUGCCGCACCCACCUUUGGGUGAAUGGACAAGUGUAGAGGGAUCCACGGAUCCCGUUCCCACCAUCUGCAGUGUUCCACAGGUGUUGCAAGUCGCAAAUGCCACCGGAAGCAUGAAUGGCCGCUAUGCUCGAGCUGAAGACUUCAAUGGUAAGCCGAAGUUCCGACAAGUGGGUGGCUCUGGAACCCUGCAUUUCGAUGAUGGCUGGAAGAUCAAGGCUGCAGAGACGUCGGACGGUUUGUAUUCGCAUCCGGAUGUGCUCGCAGUUUUGCCACCUUCUGGUGAAUGGACACUGAGUGGAAGCGAAGUCCCCAUCGUGUUGUCACCUGUUCAUGUUCCCAUCUCGACAGCUCCAAGGUUCCUGUGGGUUCAAGGUGCGGGUGGCAGCGGCGAAGCCACCAACGGCUGGACCACUGAAGGCUACAUGGGCUCAGCGGCACCGCCUUCUCUUCACGCCCAGCAAAGGCUUUCCAGGGAAAACCUCCCCACGACUGCUGCGGCAGCGGGUGUGCAGAGGGUCUCCCCACAAGCCACGACUGCUGCGGUGAGUCUGGAGACGCCAGAGGUGACGGGUGGGUAUGAUGAGGACUGGGCAGAUCCAGCAGAGGUGGACAAGUUGAAGUGCCCCAUUUGCAUGUUGGUGGCACGGAAUGCCAUGGCACAUGAUUGUGGAUCGGUGCUCUUCUGUGAAAUGUGCUGGGUCAAAUGCUUGGCGGAGGACAGCAAGUGUCCGGUUUGUCGCAAAGAUGGUUCCAGCAUUGUGCCAGCACACUUCGAGCGAAGAGCCAUCCUGAACCUCAUGGUGAAGUGCCCCAACAACUGUGGUGAGAGCUUCAACUUGUGUGACAAGGAGAAGCAUUUGAAAGACUGCCGGGCGCUGUCCACCACCUGUCCCCUCUGCAACGUUCAGGUCCCCACGAAUGAGUUGGAAGCGCACUACGCCAGCAAUCCCGGGAAGCACAUCCUGCAGAUCGUGGCACUGCUGGAUGAAGUCACGCAGUUGCGAGAAGAAGUGAAGCAGCUGAAGGAACAGCAAGGGGGGACCUCCGCAGUGAUUCUGGUUUUCGCCACAAGUACAAGUCAAUGA